CUGAGGUGGCUCUCGCCGUCAUGGCCGGAGCUUUGAGCUGUGUUCCGGUCGGAACGAGUCGCCACGAGAAAAGUUUGGGUUUGCUCACCAUCAAGUUCGUGUCGCUGCUGCAGGAGGCGGAGGGCGGCGUGCUGGACCUCAAAGCGGCUGCCGAUACCCUGGCUGUGAGGCAGAAGAGGAGGAUUUAUGACAUCACCAAUGUUCUCGAGGGAGUCGGACUCAUUGAGAAGAAGACCAAGAAUAUUAUCCAGUGGAAGGGUGAGAACUCCGGUUGCCACAGCAAAGAAGCCCUGGACCAGGUCGAGCUUCUGAAGGCUCAGGUUGCGGAGCUGGUCCUGAAGGAGGAGGAACUUGACAGUCAGAAAUCAUGGGUGCAACAGAGCAUCAACUACCUGAGUGACGAUCCUGUGAAUAGCAAAUUUAAAUAUGUCACUCAUGAGGACAUGUGCAACGCCUUUAACGGGGACACCUUGCUGGCUGUCAUUGCACCAUCUGGGACACAGUUGGAGGUCCCCAUGCCAGAGAUGGGUCAUAAUGGCCAAAAGAAGUACCAGGUGAAUCUGCGGAGUUCGUCGGCGCCCAUCCAUGUCAUGCUGAUCAACCGCGAGACGAGCUCCUCCAAGCCUGUGGUCUUCUCUGUCCCUCCCCCUGACGACAUCUCCGCUGUUCCCACUCCUCCUGACACGCCAGCCAGCUUAUUGAAAUCUUCGGUGGAUCUACGCACGGUGUCGGACCGCAAGGUCUCUCUGGCGGACCCCCAGCUCACAAGUGCUCCCGCAGCCGACGUGCAUAUCGACUGCACCCCCCAGUCUCCUGUAUGCCCGCUGAUGCCCGAACCCAUGACCUGUGCUGGGGUUGUUGCAGAGACCGGGGUCGCCGACCUGAUAGAUGAGUUAAUGUCUUCAGAUGUGUUCCCUUUACUGCGGCUGUCUCCCGCACCGGCCGUGGAUUACAACUUCAACCUGGAUGAUAACGAGGGCGUCUGCGAUCUGUUCGACGUUCAGAUUCUUAAUUACUGAGAUGAACCUGUGACAGAAGCUACCGUCAGCCUACCUCUGGCUCUCCCAGCAUCCCUCUGUACCCCCCCCCCCCCCCCAUCCCCAUUUUUUCUGCCUUAAUGCCACUGUUCCUCCUCCGAAGCCUGGUGUCACUGCCAUGUAUGUAUCCUAACAACCCCAGUGCUGAGAUGGGAGGCAAAAUUCAUUCAACUUGCUUAAAAGUUGGUUAAAAAGUGCCUAAGUGUUCAGGAAGCCCCAAACCCUGCAUGAGGGCGGAGAUUGGCUCCCUACCUGCUACCUGGAAGGGGAUGUCUUGGUCAGUCUGGUUACUAUGGCUUCAGUUUAACGCUCAGUACUCCCGGCCCCCUCGUCCUCACCGCCCUGUACUCGGGCUGCGGACUGUGCUUGGCACAGACUGGUAAUUACCGAAACCAAAAUGCCGGGAGCAUAAUAUCGCACUGAAUCUGUUUCGCCAACCUCAGGGCUCUUGUUACAGUAACAGGGUGAAAAGCCUUAAGCUAUAAUGCUGUUCUUGCAAGAAUGUGGGAAACCCAGCUCCUAAGGUUCUUUGGAAGUGCUGUUUUUUUGUUGAACACCAGCUCGUAUUUUUUUGGAGCUGUUUAAACAUUAACUCUAAGCUUGGAACCCUAACCCUGUGUUCCGUGUGGUUUCACCUGAGCAGUGUUCGCUGCGCGAUUUGAGCCAUUGCGAAUCAGUAAAGCAGCUUCCAGUGAUUGUGGAAGACCCCCUGAUCUGAUUUGUAGUAAACAUCAAUGUUCUUCCUUAACCAAAUGUUGACACUGCCCUAUUUCACAGCUUAUUUUAACAAAUGGACAUACUUCUGCUUGCUUAGGCUUAAGAAAAGGCGUACUUAAGUGUAGUUUCUGUCUGUUUAGCUCUGCUUUGCCUUGCAAUGAUGCGUCUCUAAAUUCACUGACCAAAUGGUGCCUUUUUUUCCCCCAACACUUCAAUAUUUUCUUAAGUUUUUUUUUCCCAUUUGUAUUUGCACAUUUUUCUGUUGAACCAAAGUUUAAUACAAAAAGCGUCCUGCUGA